AUGGUCGAGAGCGGAAAGGAAAUCGUGCUCAUUAGCGGUGUCAAUGGGUACAUCGCGGCGCAAGUAGCCAAAGCAUUUCUCGACGCAGGGUUCAAAGUCCGAGGGACGACAAGGAAGACAGCCAACACCGAAUCGUUGACGGAGGGGCCCCUGAAGGCCGCGUUCGAAGCUGGAGACUUCGAAGUCGCCGAGGUCCCGGACAUCACCAUUCCGGGGGCGUUCGACGAGGCCGCGAAAGGCGUCACCGCCAUCCUGCACACGGCAGCCCCGGUGUCGUUGUCGUUCACGGACCCGGAACCGGUCCUGCACGGUGCCAUCCAAGGCACCUCUUCGAUUCUGGGCUCGGCCCUCCAGGCAGGCGCACAGUUGAAGUCCUUGGUCCUGAUGAGCUCAAUCGCCGCCGUCCUGGGUUCCCAGCAGCCGCCGCACACCUUCACCGAGCAAGACUGGAACGACUUUUCGGAAGGAGAGGUGGCGAGGUCUGGAAAAGCCGCAGGGAGUGUCCACAUCUACUUCGCCAGCAAGACGGCGGCGGAAAGAACCUUCUGGGAUUUCAAGAAGAAGCAUUCGCCGUCAUUUGCCAUGACUGCAAUCAACCCGGUACUCGUGACCGGACCGCCACUCGCUCCGUUCAAGGACGCGAACAGCAUCAACGAGACUGUGCGGAACGUGUGGCAAGUGUUGGCGGGCCAGGACGUCCCCCCGCCUCUGAACAUGCCCGCGAACUACGUCGACGUCCGCGACGUCGCACGGCUGUUCGUCUGGGCCGUCCAAAAUCCCGAACGGGCGGGUGGAGAGCGCUACAUCGCCUACGGUGGCCGUGGAGGUGUACACCAGAUCUCGCAGAUCCUGCGAGAGCAUUAUCCCCAGCGACGCGGCAUCAUCAAGGAAUUCCCCGCCGGCGAGUCCAACGGAAACAGCAUUGACGCGUCCAAGGCCGUCAAGGCCACCGGCCAGGAAUUCAUCAAGUUUGAAAGGAGCGUCUUGGAUGCGGCGAGGGCGUUUGAGAUCUAUUUGUAG